UAUACAUUUUUACAUAUUUAAUAGAUAUAUAUUUUUGUUAUAAAAUGGAUGUUGAAGAAGACACACUCCUUCUGCUGGAGAACCUUUCUCAGUCAAAGUCCGGUUGUUUAUGUAUGAAUGUGCAAUGUGGGACCAAACUUAUAGCUUUAUUGGGGAUUUUAUUUGGCUUCACAUGCGCGGCAAUGCUGCUAGUCAAGGACCGAAAAUAUUUGACGCCGACAACAGUCCUUCUCGUCGUAUUCUUAUCAGUAUUUGUAAUCAUCACUGUGUUGUUUGUACUGGCGUCUGUUAUGCUGCUGAUGGCUGCGUUAGAUGAAGACACAGACCUCAUGUCGUACUACAUAUGGCUAAGCAUAGUGUACUUGUGUGUACAGCUGGUGUUGGCUAUAGCCAUCCCAUUGGUCUUGAUCGUUGAAGGCCGAUACCCAAUCGCCAUAGCUCUAAUAUGGAUGGUCAUGGUCAUGAUUGUCGGUCUUGGAUGGACGCAUUUUAUAUCUGUUGUCAGCGCGUACCGAAUGAGUCUUCUUAAUGCAGGUGAAAUAUAAUAUGCGUCGAACAUCGAA